AUGGCCCCCGCCAUAGUCCUCCAGCUCAGGGACACCCCGCUCGCCCCGGCCGAGGUCCGGCGCCGAGAUGACGACCACAGGUCCUCCUCGGCGGCGGCGGCGGCGGCGUCGGCUGCCGUGAUCGCGUCGCCGCCUACGGAGAACGAAGGCACGAGCCCGCCGCGGCAGAAACGAUGGGCCACCAAGACCCGGACGGGCUGCGUUACCUGCCGAUGCAUGACCUCGGGGCGCAUGUGCGACGGCUACAAAAGUCCGCUCAAGAAGCCUGCAAAGCAGAGCGCGUCGGCUGCCUCUCACAGCUUGGUUGAGCUACGUACCAACCACAAUGAUGUCGCUCAUCCCGUGUACUUUCCAGGCUCUAGGGCACGCCACGCCGUUAUUUGGAGCCAGGCCCAACUAACACCACCAGACUGGGACCUGACGGAAGCUCUUCACUACUAUUAUCGAACCAUAUUACCAAGUCUCAUGGCAAACCAGUUGGAUGACAGCACCACUGCCUACAUGCCCACCGCAGGGAACCUCGGUUGCAAGACAAGCUUCAUCACAUUCGUCUUUAGCAAUCGAAUAGCAGAUGCGGCCAAAAAUAGAGGCACACUUCGAAGUCCAGAAGAUAUGCCGGAUGACCAGUACCUGUGGACUGCCUUUCAUGCAUCCAUGAGUACCAUGCUCGGCGUCAUCAACGAAAGGCUGUCCAGCCCCGACGGCGACACCCACGAUUCUGUAUUUGUUCGAAUAGUGGACAUGCUUAGUAUUGAUCUUACAUUGUUGGGAAACACCUGGCAGGCCCACCUCCACGGCUACGGUGCUCUUUACAAGAUGCGCGGCGGAUACAAGAGACUUUCCAAGGCCGUCAAAACCUUUGAUUACCAAUUCCAAUACGUUUAUAUGCUCCAUGUGCUGACGAGCACGACCACGCCCGCCGCGCAGAUGCUCACAAUCUUUGACGAUCUCACCGCAGAAGAAAUCCACCACGUCUUCACAUUUACGCUCUAUACCGACGUCCCGUGCUCCAGCCACGUCUUUGCGGACCUGAUCCGCAUCAACCGCCUGCGUGCUCUCGUCGCCGCCGGCGCCCCAGUCCACACCUUUGCCCGCCCCGCUGCCCGCCAAAUCUACCAGCACAUUGCCGAGUUCUCCGUCGCCGACUGGGAGGAGCCCUACGGCGUGCCGGACAAGCCCGAGGCGCGCAUCCUGUGUCUCCUCUUCCAGAAAGCCGUCCUGCUCUACGGCCUGCUCACGCUCCCGUCGCUGAGCCCCGCGCCGGCGCCGGCGGACCAGUCGUCGACCCUGCCCUCGCCCUCGACGUCGGGGGCCGAGGCGGGCACCCAUGCGUCCGACGGUGAGAGAGACGAGGACGAUGAGAACUAUCGCGAGGAGGACGGGGCGCUGCUCAGCACGACGCCGCCACCCAGCGUUGACACGCUCCGCGCCGAGAUCCUGGCGCUGAUCCGUCAGCUGCUACCGCUCAUCCCCCAACGUCCUACCAGCCUCGCCUGGCCGCUCGCGGUGGUCGGAGUCACGCUCCAUGGUGAGGGCGACGCGGUGGAACGCGACUUUGUUCUGCAUAUACUGCAUCGAAUCUCCACGCAUCGCGAUGCGUAUUAUGGACCAACUCUGUGCCUGAACAAACUGCGGAAGUUCUGGGCGUCAGGCAAAACAGACUGGGAGGACUGUUAUGACGAAGCAUGUUCGGUCCUGGCUUGA